AUGUCUACUGAUGCUCUUUUUUUUUUGAGUUCCGGUCCUCUCACAGAGGAGGAUGUUAAUGGGAAGACAUUAUCAAUUUGUAUCUUCAAUGCAGUCUUGUCUAAAGCAAUGGAUGAUCCAUUUGUGGUUCUAGAAUCUGCAUCAACACCUGUCACAUCACCCCUAAGUGUUUUUAUUGAUCCACUGGAAACAGUUCACAAGCUGAAUAAAUAUGGGAGCACUAAUGCUGGAGGUGGAAGUGGAACACAAGAUAAUGGCGAAGAGAUUGAUUCAAACUCAGCUGCUGCUGCAAUGAAAGAUGCCAUAGAAUGGAAUCUGUGA